UGUUUUAUAACUUCUGAGCUACUAUUUGAAUUUUUUUCUGUUGCUUUUCUUCAGUUAGAGCAAAACACAUAUAAAUAAAAACGGUUAAUAGUAUUAAUUCUGGGGAAGGAGCGGCUCUGUAUCGGUAAAAAGGCCCAUUAAAAAACCCUCCGCCUAGUAAGCGGGGUAUCAAAAGACUUGUUAAGGCUAUCGAUUUCAUUCAUUUAUUAUAUGCCAGGGACUAACAUACGCUGCGUUUUAAGAGUAUAGGCAGGCAAUUUUUAACCAAAAAGUGAACACAACAAUGCAGAAAAACAGAUUGCAAAGACCACAUAUCAUCCUAAUUGUAAUCGUAAUGUGUUUAGUGUGUAUAUUUAAAUAUUUGGACAUACAAUGGCUAUGGCGCAUAGAUCUAUCCUCGGAAUCAGUACAAAGCCAGCACGCAAUCAGUGCACAGAGCACGUAUCAAAACAGUACAGAGCCACAAAGUCAGGAUACAGCCAGUACAUACUUGUCAGCGAUAGUUUCUACCACUAGCCCGGUGAUACCAUGUUCAGAUGUUUUGAAAAAAAUGGUUCAGGGGCGUUGGUCCUAUAGAAACUACACUAUUCAGGAACUGGAGGAAGUUGAGACUAUUGUAAGACGUCUGAGAAGUUUUCAUAAAAUACCUGACGUUUUGCAAAGACGAGAUGGACGCUGUGGCAAUGUGAAUUAUGAAGGCCUGGAGUGGUUCAGAGCUCUCUGUAAUCCGAAAGGGUCAACACCGUGCUGCUAUAACAAUACUUGUGUGAAUAGAACUGUAAAUGAAUGUCAAUGCGAAGGUUGUUUUGAUUUUAGAGCCAAGAUAUACGCUGAGUUGGCAGAAUGGAUACCAGACGAUCAUAGUUGUAAGAUACGUAAAUUCCAAAGUAAAGAUGAAGUGUGUCGUGUCUUGGGAAACACAACCAUCUACUUCAUUGGUGAUUCCUUCAUGAGACAGUUGUACAUCUCGGUACUAGGAUUCUUUGAAGAUGAGGACUCUAAAAAUAUUUUUGUGGAUAACACCUCACCAGCUAUCAUCCAGAAGUGUGAUAAACAUUAUCGCUACAUAGCUGAGUGUCGCCACUCCAUAAAACAUGAUUUUUCAGAAUGCAACGCGAGAAUUCACUGUGAGGAGAUCUAUUCUGUAACGAACGUUGGACAAGUCUUGAAUGCCAUGAAAACUUUGACUGGAAAAUACAAUUCCUGGUUUCUCGUCGGUUUUGGUGCGCAUGACAGUUACAAUCCUGACCUGGUUCAGAAAACGCUUAUUGAGCCAUUACUUCUGGAAGCUGCGAAGUCAACGUGGCCUAAGUUUGUGUGGUACGAGCCCCAGGCUGCCGGUCAUUUAAAAACCCAAAGGGUUCCAGAGCAACUGAACCCUAGACGUAACACCUUUAACGCAAAGAUCAACGCCCUGAUGAAGAAACACAACGUGCCCAUAAUUAAGUUUUACAAUAUGACUAGCCAGGUCUUAAGCUACGAUGGAUCUCAUUAUGGGAAGGGUGUGAACGACGUCAAGGCGCAUAUCUUACUCAACUACAUUCUAGAAGAACGGAGCAGAUUGAGAUCUAGAUAACUAGGGAUAUAUUUGUUGUACAGUUGAUAGAAUAUGAUAAUGAGGUUAUGUUAUUGAACAACUAAGAUGCUGUCAAUACUUGUCCUAAUACCAAUAUGCUUACAUACAACCUCCAAUAAGUAUGCGAAGUUUCUCCUUGUUCCACUGUGUGUUUAUUAAAGAGGUGCCCAGAAUGAGGCAUUUCCGUUCGUUGAUUUUCUAUCUAUCUAUCUAUCUAUCUAUCUAUCUAUCUAUCUAUCUAAUCUAAUCUAUCUUUUAAACCCUCACAAAUAGCUACAUUUUAAAAUAUUGUUAACAUUUUACUAUUCAAGACCAAUUAAGGAGUAAAUGUAUAGAACGUAGGUGUAGGUAGAAUUUGUGGAUUUCUUUUAGACUUAGUCUGCAGGGUUAGGGUUGAUGAACAGCCAAUUAAUUUUCUGAUGCUAACGUACUAUAACUAUCAUGCUCAUAACCCCUUUAUGCCUUUCAGUUUUAGUAUAAUGUUUAAAAAAAAAAGGUAUUCAACAUUUGUUUGUAAUAUUGUUUGUAAUAUUGUAAGCCUGCAAAUAAUAUUUGUCUUCAUUAUAUAUAUAUAUAUUAAUAUAUAUUAAAUUUUCUUCAACUAAAAAGUAAAUCUGUUAAAAGCGUGAAAUGAACUAUAUUAAUAUCACUAUAAAUAUAUUUGUGUGAAUAAUGCACAAUACAGUUCCUCGGGAGGCUAAGUACGCGUAAACUUGGCUUGGCUUGGCUACCUAUGAUAGUGGUUCGAGGUUCGACACCCGAAUCGGGCAGAGCUGUAUUUACGGAGCACCUAAAGGCAGCACGGAAAACCUUCUCUUCGUAUAUCUAUAGAUCAACUUUGAUUUUUUAACCCAUUUGUUUUUCUCACCAUUUGUAAUUCCAAAUUCCAUCAUUAGUAAAUACAAAAGUGGCCGCUACCGGAUAGAACCAUGAGAGGGGAGUUAGAUCGUGACCUCCGUGACCCGACGGUUAGAUGCAAUAGCCCCCAAACCUUUUUUUUUCCCCGACUGGACCUUUACUCUUUUUUUUUUGGGGGGGGGGAGUGAAUGUAUCUUAGAGGACAAUUACUCUGUGAAAGAAAAAAAAACAUCACUUAUAUAUGUUAUGUAUUAUUACAUAUAUUAUAUUAUAUUAUAUUACAUUCUUAUAUCGAAUUAAAUUUGAUUAAAAUAUGUAAAAUCAUUAAAGUCAAACCCAAUGUCACAGCAUGAACUUUUAAUUUCGUCAAAACUGUUCUAAACUGUGAACACGACUAUGGCACUUUUUAAAAUUAAAUGAACAUUAAUUUGUCCAUGUCCGUGUAAAUAGAAAUAUUUAUUUCUAAUUUAAAAUGACAUUCACGCUGACCGUACUGAGACUAGCGACAAGCAGGAUGGAUGUGAAAGAUACAUGUGUAUAGAGAAAGAGAGACAACCUAUCAAACCUGACAUGCUCGUUUACCAAACAAUUGUCCCAUUGUGGGCAGUGGACGAGUUUUUGUGUAAAUCGUAAGCUCUCCCUAUUUAUUUUGUCUUUGAAUAGUUUUACUUUGAGUCAAUAAUCAAUAGUUAUUCCAAUUGUUCUUUCUGAACCUUUUUUUAAUUAUCUCUACUUUAAAAUAUCAUCUUCGAAACAAAUCAUUUUAUUUGCCGGGGGUGCAGUGGCAGGGAUCUCCAGUAUCGAUCAUUCUUUUUAUCAUCGAACAAAAUCGAUAACACUUUUAGAUGCUUAUUUAGUUGCUGCUCGGAUUCUUGGUAAUAUUUUUUUUUUGAUGAAUUACCUACACCACCUUCACCUAUCCCUUUGUCUGUUGGACCGCACAAGAUUUGUCGACAGUCUUUUUGUAUUCCUCCCUGUCUUUUGCCUUGGAUAGAACCUCUCUCAGGGCAGUCCCGUCCAUUCUUUGAUGUUGUCUUCCCAUCGCUCUCUCUGCCUCUUCUUCUUUUUUCUGGUAGUGUUCCCUGUAGGAAGAUUUUAGCGAGCCCUGAAGACCUUGUAAUAUGGCCAUAGAGCAGGGGUGGGCAACCUUUUUCUAUCGAAGGCCGCUUUUAAAAAGUGUUUGGUUAGUGGGGCCGCAUAUUUAUUUAUAUAUAAUAUGUAUUUACAACUUUAAAAAAAAUACGCUGGCUAACUCUGUAUAAUGUCUUUUAAUUCAAAUUUAUACUGUAUUGUACAUUUACAUUUCAUUUUGUACACUUUCCAUUAAGGAAAUAAAGAUUUAGUAAUUUCUGAAACGUA